AUUAAAAGUCACUUUUAAACUCAACAGUAGAUCUCAGAAAGUUUGCUCAGAUAAAGCAAAACUGCAAGAUGCCUGCGUCAUAUUCUACCAAUAUGCGUUUUAAAUUUCCUAUUCUGGCAAUUGCACUAGAAGCUGUGAUCAUUAUUUUAUAUGGAUUUUUUAUUACCUAUGAUGAUGGAGCUAAUUCUAGACUUAUACCUAACAAUACUGACAAAAUAGAACAAUUCUACAAAAUCUAUCCAAGUUUCCAGGAUAUACACGUAAUGAUUUUUGUUGGAUUUGGUUUUCUGAUGACCUUCUUGAAGAACUAUGGGUUCAGCAGUGUUGGAUUUAAUUUACUCAUUGCUGCAUUUGGUCUUCAGUGGGGGAUUCUGAUGCAAGGUUGGCUGCACCAUUUAAAAGAUGGAAAAAUCAAAGUUGACAUUUUCAGCUUAAUAAAUGCAGACUUCAGCACAGCAACUGCCCUGAUUUCAUUUGGUGCUGUCUUGGGGAAAACCAGUCCAAUCCAACUGCUGAUUAUGACUCUUCUCGAGAUUACCAUAUUUGCUUGCAAUGAACACUUGGUCACUACAGUCCUGAAGGUAUGUAUACUUGAAUUUGAAGAGACCAAACUAAAAUCCUUCAAAAGUUCUCUGAGAGACUCAUUAGGCAAAGAGAGACUUACAUCAUCAUAUUUUCAAAGCUCUGGAAUAAUUCGAGAUUAUUCUAAAUGUUUUCCAGGUACUCUCUUCUUAUGGAUGUUUUGGCCAAGCUUCAAUUCUGCCAUUGUAGAAAACCCUGAUGGACAAUACAGAGCUAUUAUCAACACUUAUUUCUCACUGGCUGCAUGUGUACUCACUGCUUAUGCUCUCUCUAGCUUGGUUGAUAAGAAAGGAAAAUUGGACAUGGUCCACAUACAAAAUGCUACUCUAGCAGGUGGUGUAGCUGCUGGGACCUCUGCUGACAUGAUGAUCCACCCUUAUGGAAGUCUGUUGAUUGGAUUUACGGCUGGAAUAAUCUCCACAGUUGGAUUUAAAUAUCUGACACCAAUUUUUGCAUCUAAAUUGAAAAUACAUGAUACCUGUGGUGUACACAAUCUUCAUGGCAUGCCUGGAAUACUUGGAGGUCUGGCUGGUAUAAUUGCAUCUGCCAUGGCCAGUGAAAAUGUAUAUGGUCCAGGACUUAUUCAAACUUUCCCAACUGGAAGAUCUGGUAUCGUACAGGCUGGAUAUCAAGCUGCUGGAUUAGGUGUAUCCCUUGGUGUGGCCCUUAUUGGAGGGACUAUCACAGGUUUCAUUCUAUGCAUUUCUUUUUGGGGACAGCCACCAGAUCAAAAUUGUUUUGAUGAUGACAUUUAUUGGGAGUUGCCAGAUGGUGAAACUGAAAAUGAAAAUCUACUUUCAUCAGAACAUGGAAGGCAGAACAUUAAUGCUGAAGCAUGAACCAACAUGAUUUUUUUAAACACAGACAUCAAUAUUUAGAGCCAACCAAAAAGAAAUCAGAAACACUAAUAUUUCGUCCAGAAUAUUUUAUAUAGAAUAGUCUAUUUAAAUGAAUAACAAAAGAAAUCUGAAAAUUAUAUUAGAAUUUACUUGCUGUCCUUUACAAAAUAUUUUGUAAAGUAAAAUAAUCUGAUAAAAAGACGAAGUAUGUAUCCCUAUUGAUAAUAUCCAAGCUUUUUUCUAUUUCUUUUUAUUCAUAUAAUUUUCUAGUGCCCCAUUUGAUUUGCUUAUACAUAACACCUAGAAUUCUCCCUUUUUUUAUUGUAGUUGCAGAAAGGCAUGAUGUCAAAUGAUUGUGGAUUCAAAGACACUGCAGGACUCAAACUUACUUGUAGUCAAUUAAAUACCAAAAGAGUGUGCCAUUGCCAAAAGUUUAUUGGUAUAGAUUCUUGAUAAUCAUGGAAAUGAAAGUUUAUCGGGGUAAGCAAAAAUAUGAUGUGAGAUUAUUAAAUGAUGAAGCAAGCAUGAGGGAAUGAGUGGUCUAGUGCUCCUAGUUCGAAUGUGCAUACAUAUGUUCAUGAAGUUAAAAAUCACACAACACCAGGUUAUAGUCCAA